AUGGCGGAGCCGGGCGCGGAGGAGCCCGACGAGCGGCUGCUGAUCCUCGCGGAGCCGCCGCCGUCACCUCCUCCGGCGGAGCCGCCCCGGCGGGGGCCGCAGAGUGUGAGAGCCAUCCCCGGCGGGGCCGUGCGGCAGUGCGGGGAGCCGGGGCUCGAGGAGGUGGAGGACUCGGAGGAGUCGGAGGAGUCGGGGCCCGAAGGUGAUGGGGAGGACGAGCCUCUCCUGCGGGCGGCGGGGAGCGGCCGCGGGCGGCGGGCGGGCGCCGCCUGGGCCAAGGAGCGCCGCGCCGCCGCAGGGCAUACAGGACAUACUGCAGAUAUGAAUAUAUUUUUAGAUGAUCCAGAAUUUGCAGAAAUUGUUCUGAGGACAGAACAAGCUAUAGAGUGUGGAGUUUUUCCAGAAAGAAUCUCUCAAGGAUCCAGUGGAAGUUACUUUGCUAAGGAUCCAAAAGGGAAAAUUGUUGGAGUGUUCAAACCAAAAUCUGAAGAGCCUUAUGGACAUCUAAAUCCAAAAUGGACCAAAUAUUUUCACAAAAUAUGUUGUCCUUGCUGCUUUGGCAGAGGCUGCCUCGUUCCAAAUCAGGGAUAUCUCUCUGAAGCUGGUGCCUAUCUUGUGGAUGAGAAGCUGGGGCUUGGAGUUGUACCUAAAACUAAGGUUGUCUGGCUUGUCAGCGAGACCUUUAAUUACAGUGCAAUAGAUCGUGCAAAGUCAAGGGGAAAAAAAUAUGCUUUAGAGAAAGUGCCAAAAGUUGCUAAAAAAUUUAAUAGAAUUGGACUACCUCCUAAGGUUGGCUCCUUCCAGCUGUUUGUUGAAGGAUAUAAGGAAGCUGACUACUGGCUCAGGAAGUUUGAAGCUGAUCCUUUACCUGAGAACACAAGGAAAGAAUUUCAGUCACAGUUUGAAAGAUUGGUUAUCUUGGAUUAUGUCAUCAGAAAUACAGACAGAGGUAACGACAACUGGUUAGUCAGGUACGAAAAACAAGAUGACGGACUUGAUCUGUCAGAUAAGGAUAGCCAAUGGACUGUAACUAAAGAAUCUAUUAAAAUUGCUGCAAUUGACAACGGUUUAGCUUUUCCUUUUAAGCAUCCUGAUGAGUGGAGAGCAUAUCCCUUUCACUGGGCUUGGCUUCCUCAAGCAAAAGUUCCUUUCUCUCAGGAGACCAGAGACUUGGUUCUUCCUCGCCUUUCUGAUAUGAACUUUGUACAGGACCUUUGUGAAGACCUUUAUGAGCUAUUUAAGACUGACAGAGGAUUUGACAAGGCUACUUUUGAAAACCAGAUGUCUGUUAUGAGGGGACAGAUCCUAAACCUUACUCAGGCAUUAAAGGAUGAAAAGAGUCCCAUUCAGCUUGUUCAGAUGCCACGUGUGAUUGUAGAGCGAAGUAGCACUGGAAGUCAGGGCCGAAUUGUUCAUCUGAGUAAUGCUUUCACACAGACCUUUCACAGCAGGAAGCCUUUCUUUUCCUCCUGGUAGCAACAAAAAUACAUGGGAAGAGUAAGUUUCUCUUAACUUUAGAAAGCUACUUCUGUGUAAAGGUUCUGCAAUAAUGUACUUCUGCUGUGUACCAAAAGCUCUGACUGCCAACACCUCAGAACUUAAAUUCUAAAGACUUAAGAAAUGUAUUUUGAAUGUAAUAAAAGUUUACAAUUUUUGUGUCAAAA